CGGUUAUCGGCAUCAGUUGUCGCUUGUCCAUCUAAUCAGUUAUCACUGCUUCGCGGAGCCACGUUCUCAGUAUACUCAGUACUCUCACAAACCCCACCCCAAAACCUCACAAUGAAAACCAUCAUUGCUUUCGCUUUCGUCGUCGCCCUGGCCCUGGCCGCCCCGCUCGAUGACUCCAAGAACGCCCAGAUCCUGAAGUACGAGAACGACAACAUCGGUGUCGAUGGAUACAAGUUUGCCUUCGAGACCAGCGAUGGCCACCAGCGCCAGGAGCAGGCGGAGCUGAAGAAGCUGGGCGAUGAUGUGGAGGCCCUGGUCGUCCGUGGCUCGUACUCGUUCACCGGUGACGAUGGUCAGGUGUACACCGUCAACUACGUCGCCGACGAGAACGGAUUCCAGCCGGAGGGUGCCCAUCUGCCAACGGUUUAAGUCGUGAACAGGCCCUGCAACAGGCCCUACCAAGCCACCAAACAACACCAAACAAAGUCUUUAAAAAAAAACCGUGCACCAUAUUUCCAUCGCUAGCGAUGGACUUUGGGUGCACCAGAACACCACACGACCCGCGAAACCGAGACGAAUAGUAACGAACAUCGGUGAGGACGCGUCCGUUUUGUCGCGGGGAUGUAGAUUUUUGAACUUUUCUGCACGCUAUCGAACACACGCUUUCAACGCACUCCAACGAAUCCCUUUCGUUCUCGAACGAUUUUUGUGUACAUUUUUGCGUUUAAAGUAUCGUUUUUUUUACUCUACAUAAUCUCCUUACUUGUUAAGUGAAAUCCUCACCGAAAAUACAGCACACAAGUUACCAGCAGGACAAACAACCCCGCUUACAGGCACCAGGGUCUAGAGGCCAAAGAUGCUUCGGGCAAUGGCGUGCACUCACACACACACAGCAACGUAAAAUACUCACACACUGAGCAGACGUAGUGCUCGCGAAUGUACAAUUUGCCAUACCGAGCUGUUUGUAAUGACAGUUUACCGAAAUACAUCUAUUGGGGAGAAACAAA